AUGAUAUCUAACUAAUGGCGAAUCAUAUUAUUAAUGUUAACUUGAAUCCAGUCCACUGAUCUGAGUCAGCAACCCAGUCAAUCCACAAUUCAAUCUCGAGAAAUCAAUAAUGAAUAAUGCUGCUCACGUGCUCAUAGACGGUUUUUAUCCACAUUCACAUCUCUCUAGAAUAUUAAUAUGAAUCUAUUUUCAUCACUUAGAUAAUAAUACACCUUAAUUUUGUUUGUUAUCUUCUAUUUUUAUCCUUCUUUCUUUCGCAGAAUCUCACUUUGCCAACAUUAUCCAUCCUUCCAAGAAAACUUUUCUUAGAAGAAAAAAGACCACAACUAGCUACAACUCCCACCAAACUACGUAGCAGCCAUCAAACCUCCCCCACAGCCUAUCUACUGAACGAACCGGCAGAUUAAUUAUCUUUUAUCCCGCACAAAAUGACACUCCAACCUUUCCUCGACGCCAUUGGUCAGGAAGUUGAAGAUGUAGAGGAGGAAUGUUUCGAACUCUUCUCCCGUGACAUCCCCUCUGCGAACUUAGGCUUCGUCGACUCACGCGCUACCACCAUCGACGUGACUAUUCACGGAAACGACUUUACCAUCCACCAGUCUCCUACUUUACUCUCCUCGACUCGUGCGGGGGGCACAACUGGCGCAGUCCUCUGGAAAAUCACCCCCCUCUUCGCAGAAUGGAUCUCCAACCCCACCAAUUCCAAUCCCUUCUGGUCGUCUUCCAUCCUCCACCCUUCCUCCACGGCCGUUGAGCUAGGGUGCGGCAUCUCGGGCCUCGUCGCACUGGCCCUCGCCCCAUCGAUCGGUCACUACAUCGCCACGGACCAGGAGUACGUGCGGAGAUUAUUCCGUGCGAAUUUGGAUGAGAAUAUUCAGACCGCUAGCAGUAGCAGAUUAGGCUCUUCUUCUUCUUCUUCUUCUUCCCGAGGGGGACCACGGACGCAUACCCAGAAUAAUAAACAAAAGCGCGGAAACAAACCUACUGCUACUGCUGCUGGUACGAAAGGAACCAAUAACAUAACCUUCACCCCUCUAGAUUGGGAACUCGACGCACCAUCCACUCUCAAAGAGACAAUUCAAACCGAACAACUCCCCUCAUCAUCAUCUUCAUCAUCAUCAUCAGAAACACCCGAUCUCGGCUUCGACCUCCUCAUCUCCUGCGACUGUAUCUAUAACGAAUCCCUCGUGGCGCCAUUCGUUCGUACAUGCGCUGAUAUCUGCCGGUUACGGCCUGCGUAUGUGUCUGAUUCUGAGGAUGCGGGUUCACGACCGACUGUGUGUGUGAUCGCGCAGCAGCAGCGGUCGCCGGAUGUGUUUGAGACGUGGUUGCGGGAGACGAUGAGGUAUUUUCGCGUGUGGAGAGUGAGUGAUGAGGUGUUGGGGAGGAAGUUGCAGGCUGGGACGGGGUAUUUGGUUCAUGUGCUGCUUGUUAGAGGGGAGGAGUAGUAUAGACUCAAUGUGAUUCAUGACAUGAUAGUUAGUUAUGUCAUAGAUACAGAUACACAUACGGUAUGAUGCUCUUAAUGCGAGAAAAAGAAAGAUGAUAGA